UUGAAUGUAGUUUCUGAAAAGCAUAUUAUAAUAAUGGAAGUUUUUGAUAUUUAUUGUUUGAAGCUGCUUACAUAUUACUUCUUCACUAUAUAUGCUGUAAUUAUUACUGCUCAUCCUACCAAUCCAAGUUUUGAAUAUAAACCUGAAUAUAAAGAUGAGAAGCGAAUGCCAAAUGGAAGCGUAAUUGGAAAGUAUAUGUAUCAGGACAAAGACGGAUUUCCUGUGUAUGUGAAAUAUUUUGCUGAUGACGCGAGUUACGGUGUGGAACUGAAAAGUGUUAAAAUAUUUAAAUCGGGCACACCAUAUCCAGCUGAUGUAAGAUAUUCUUCAUUUUCUAAAUUAUUUGAAGCUGAUAGUGAAAGAAUAACAGAAUCAUCGCCGUAUAUUUCAACCGAAGAAGAAUUUGAGAAAUAUAACGAUAAAAACCAAAGAAGAUCAGAUAAAAAAUCUGAUUAUGAAGUGUUCGUGGAAAAUGAGUUGCAACCUGAGGGUAAAUACACCAAAGAGAAAGUUCGUGUUUAUUAUGAUAAGAAUAACAAUAGGAAAAUUCGUAACGUUAUUAAUCCUUCUAAAUCUGUAACUUACAGCGAGAAUUAUUGAUUUGUAUAAUAUAUAA